GCCCCGCCCCCGGCCCCGCCGCCCCCGGCCCGGCGCGCGCGCGCUGGGGGUGUUGCUGGCUCCUCCCGAGUUCCCGCCGCGGUCGCCGCCGCUCCUCCUCUCCACCCCCUACCCCCCCCCCCCAGGCUUGGGUUUCCCUGGCGUUGCUGCCGCCGCUACCUCUGCGGGCUGUAUGAAGAGGAGGAGGAGGAGGAUGUGAAGAUGGCGGAGCUGCAGAUGCUGCUGGAAGAGGAAAUCCCGGGGGGCCGCCGGGCCCUUUUCGACAGUUACACGAAUCUGGAGCGAGUGGCUGAUUACUGCGAGAACAACUACAUCCAGUCUGCAGAUAAGCAGCGUGCUCUAGAAGAAACCAAAGCCUACACCACCCAGUCCUUAGCAAGCGUUGCCUAUCUGAUCAACACUUUGGCCAACAAUGUGCUGCAGAUGCUGGACAUCCAGGCCUCCCAGCUGCGAAGGAUGGAAUCCUCAAUCAAUCAUAUUUCCCAGACAGUUGAUAUUCAUAAAGAAAAAGUUGCAAGAAGAGAAAUUGGAAUUUUGACUACCAAUAAAAACACUUCAAGGACACAUAAGAUUAUUGCUCCAGCCAACCUUGAACGGCCAGUUCGUUAUAUUAGAAAACCUAUUGACUAUACUCUUCUAGAUGACAUUGGCCAUGGCGUAAAGUGGUUGCUUAGAUUUAAGGUGAGUACCCAAAACAUGAAGAUGGGUGGGCUGCCGCGAACAACUCCUCCAACUCAGAAACCUCCAAGUCCCCCUAUGUCAGGGAAAGGGACACUUGGGCGGCACUCCCCCUAUCGCACACUGGAGCCAGUGCGUCCUCCAGUGGUUCCAAAUGAUUACGUACCUAGCCCAACCCGUAAUAUGGCUCCCUCGCAGCAGAGCCCUGUGAGGACAGCUUCUGUGAAUCAAAGAAAUCGAACCUACAGCAGCAGUGGCAGUAGCGGGGGCAGCCACCCGAGUAGCCGGAGCAGCAGUCGAGAGAACAGUGGCAGUGGGAGUGUGGGGGUGCCCAUCGCUGUUCCUACCCCGUCGCCUCCCAGUGUCUUUCCAGCCCCCGCCGGCUCCGCUGGCACUCCUCCCCUUCCUGCUACUUCUGCAUCUGCUCCCGCCCCUGCCACUGUCCCCUCCUCCACUGCCCCUGGCGCGGCUGCUGGGGGUGCCCACACUCUUGCUGAUGGCUUCACUUCUCCAACUCUCCCUGUUGUUUCUUCUGCUCCCCCUGCAGGCCAUCCUGUUCAGUUCUACAGCAUGAAUAGGCCUGCCUCUCGCCACACUCCGCCAACCAUAGGGGGCUCGUUGCCCUACAGGCGUCCUCCUUCCAUGACUUCACAGACGAGCCUUCAGAAUCAGAUGAACGGAGGACCUUUUUAUAACCAGAAUCCAGUACCUCUUGCUCCUCCUCCUCCCUCCAUCCUACAGGUAACUCCUCAGUUACCUUUAAUGGGAUUUGUGGCCAGAGUCCAAGAAAAUAUUUCAGAUGCUCCUCCUCCGCCACCACCUGCGGAAGAAACUGUCUUUGAUGAGUCCCCGCCCCCGCCCCCUCCCCCAGAAGAUUAUGAAGAGGAGGAGGCAGCGGUGGUGGAGUACAGCGACCCCUACGCCGAGGAGGACCCGCCCUGGGCCCCGAGGUCUUACCUGGAGAAGGUUGUGGCAAUUUAUGAUUACACAAAGGACAAGGAGGAUGAGCUGUCCUUCCAGGAAGGAGCCAUUAUUUAUGUCAUCAAGAAGAAUGACGAUGGUUGGUAUGAGGGUGUCAUGAAUGGAGUGACUGGGCUCUUCCCUGGGAAUUACGUGGAGUCCAUCAUGCACUACUCGGAGUGAGGCUCGCAGGCUAUGCUUCCCUCCCAGCGCAGUCACAGGCCCUGGGACUCCCUUCCAGUGGGAUGGAAUGAAGGCUACAGACAAUACAAACUUUUUUUUUUGUUUGUUUAUCCCCCAGUAUCGAAAGCAAAAAAGAAAGCCAAAUCUGAAAAUGGGUCUUGUCACGGUGGUUUGUACUGUGUUGAGGUAUCUGGAGUGAAACAAAGUGACCAUUUCUGAACACGUCAAAGGU